UGUGUGUGUCUGCAGAGAAGGAGAUGCCUCUGCCCGUGCAGGUCUUUAACUUUCAGGUAAACUUGUGUUUUGAAAACUUGUUUUCAACAGUUUAUAUAACUGGGAACACGUUUGAAUGACUAUAUUUUAUGGUUUGCCUUGUUUUGAUUGAAUUUAUCUAUUUGGUCCUCUGAUAAAGUGUUUUCAACUAGCGUUAGCUAACAUGCUAAUCUUGCUAGCUAACGUUAGCUAAGAAGCUAGGCUAGGGCCUUAAUCAAACAUCAAGUUAGUCCUAACUUUAGCGUUAGGGCGGAUUGAACUAGGUUUUUUAUUUAUUAUAGAUUAUACAUCUUCAGUUUGUUUGAUAGAUAUAGCUAACUAGUUAGGUAAAUUGUGAAGGGGAGUCGGCGGAUUAAAAAAAUAACAGGUGUAAUUUAGCUCAGUUAGUUAUAGAAAAUGUAAACCGACAGUUUGAGUCGUUACUGUAGUUUGCUAACUUUUUAAAACCUGACUGCCGUUAGUAAUUCCUUACCAGCAUAGCUACAUCUGUGUCAAACAGCGUAGCCACCUAAAAUGCAAGCUAUUUAGCUAGCUAAAUAAAAAUGUAGCUAGCUAGAGAAGACGGCCAUGGAAACAAUUCAUAAAUUGUCUGUUAUGAUCAGCUAGCUAACGUUAGCUAGCUAGGUAAACAAUAUCCACCGGAUUGGCAGAAGUUACUAUCACCCUGAAACCUGUCACCAACCGCUUCAGUUCAGUUUAGGUACUGUUCAUUUAGAGACAACACAUUAAUUGGCAUCCCUUUUAUGCAAGAAGCAGGACUUCCAAUUUUCUUAAACGCCUCAGACCUUGCUUCUUCCACCCAUUCACGUGACCCACCUUGUUGAUACAGCACCCAAAGUAUGUGGACACCCCUUCAAAUUAGUGGAUUCGGCUAUUUCAGCCACGCUGUUGCUGACAGGUGUAUAAAAUUGAGCACACAGCCAUGCAAUCUCUAUAGACAAACAUUGGCAGUGGAAUGGCCCGUACUGAAGAGCUUAGUGACUUUCAACGUGGCACCGUCAUAGGAUGCCACCUUUCCAACAAGUCAUUUCGUCAAAUUUCUGCCCUGCUAGAGCUGCCCCGGUCAACUGUAAGUGCUGUUAUUGUGAAGUGGAAACGUCUAGGAGCAACAACGGCUCAGCCACGAAGUGGUAGGCCACACAAGUUCACAGAACAGGACCACUGAUUUCUGAAGCACGUAGUGUGUAAAAAUUGUCUGUCCUCUGUUGCAACACUCACUACCGAGUUCCAAACUGCCUCUGGAAGCAACGUCAGCACAAGAACUGUUAGUCGGGAGCUUCAUGAAAUGGGUUUCCAUGGCGGCGCAGCCGCACACCAAGAUCAUCAUGCGCAAUGCCAAGCGUCGGCUGGAGUGGUGUAAAGCUCACCGCCAUUGGAAUCUGGAACAGUGGAAACGUGUUCUCUGGAGUGAUGAAUCACGCUUCACCUUCUGGCAGUCCGGCGGACAAAUCUAGGCUUGGCGGAUGCCAGGAGAACGCUACCUGCCCCAAUGCAUAGUGCCAACUGUAAAGUUUGGUGGAGGAGGAAUAAUGGUCUGGGGCUGUUUUUCAUGGUUUGGGCUAGGCCCCUUAGUUCCAGUGAAGGGAAAUCUUAACGCUACAGCAUACAAUGACAUUCUAAAAAAAAAUAUGAAAAAUGUAUGCACUCACUAACUGUAAGUCGCUCUAGAUAAGAGCGUCUGCUAAAUGACUAAAAUGUUUAAAAAAUGUAAACGAUUCUGUGCUUUCAACUUUGUGGCAACAGUUUGGGGAAGGCCUUUCCUGUUUCAGCAUGACAAUGCUCCCGUGCACAAAGCGAGGUCCAUACAGAAAUGGUUUGUCGAGAUCGGUGUGGAAGAACCCCAUCAAAUUCCUUUGGGAUGAAUUGGAUCGCCGACCACGAGCCAGGCCUAAUCGCCCAACAUCAGUGCCCGACCUCACUAAUGCUCUUGUGGCUGAAUGGAAGCGGGGCCCUGUAGCAAUGUUCCAACAUCUACAUUUACAUUUUUACAUUUAAGUCAUUUAGCAGACUUACAAAUUGGUGCAUUCAACUUAGGAUAGCCAGUGGGACAACCACCACUGGGGGAGGGGGGGUGUAGAAGGAUUACUGUUAGACUAUUACAGGUAUUCCUUAAAGAGGUAGGGUUUCAAGUGUCUCCGGAAGGUGGUCAGUGACUCCGCUGUCGUGGGGAGCUUGUUCCACCAUUGGGGUGCCAGAGCAGCGAAUAGCUUUGACUGGGCUGAGCGGGAACUGUGCUUCCGUAGAGGUAGGGGGGCUAGCAGGCCAGAGGUGGAUGAACGUAGUGCCCUCGUUUGGGUGUAGGGUCUGAUCAGAGCCUGAAGGUAAGGAGGUGCCGUUCCCCUUACAGCUCCGUAGGCAAGCACCCUGGUUUUGUAGUAGAUGCGAGCUUCAACAGGAAGCCAGUGGAGUGUGCGUAGGAGCGGGGUGACAUGAGAGAACUUGGGAAGGUUGAACACGAUAAGUUGUAGGGGUUUAAUGGCACAGGCAGGGAGCCCAGCGAACAGCGAGUUGCAGUAAUCCAGACGGGAGAUGACAAGUGCCUGGAUUAGGACCUGUGCCGCUUUCUGUGUAAGGUAGGGUCGUACUCUGCGAAUGUUGUAGAGCAUGAACCUGCAGGAUCGGGUCACCGCUUUGAUGUUAGCGGAGAACGACAGGGUGUUGUCCAGGGUCACGCCAAGGUUCUUUGCACUCUGGGAGGAGGACACAAUGGAGUUGUCAACCGUGAUGGCGAGAUCAUGGAGCGGGCAGUCCUUCCCCGGGAGGAAGAGCAGCUCCGUCUUGCCGAGGUUCAGCUUGAGGUGGUGAUCCGACAUCCACACUGAUAUGUCUGCCAGACAUGCAGAGAUGCGAUUCGCCACUUGGUUAUCAGAAGGGGGAAAGGAGAAAAUUAAUUGUGUGUCGUCUGCGUAGCAAUGAUAGGAGAGACCAUGUGAGGAUAUGACAGAGCCAAGUGACUUGGUGUAUAUAGAGAAUAGGAGAGGGCCUAGAACUGAGCCCUGGGGUACACCAGUGGUGAGAGCACGUGGUGCGGAGACAGAUUCUCGCCACUCCACCUGGUAGGAGCGACCUGUCAGGUAGGACGCAAUCCAAGAGUGAGCAGCGCCGGAGAUGCCCAACUCGGAGAGGGUGGAGAGGAGGAUCUGAUGGUUCACAGUAUCAAAGGCAGCAGGUGGGUCUAGAAGGAUAAGAGCAGAGGAGAGAGAGUUAGCUUUAGCAGUGCGGAGAGCCUCCGUGACACAGAGAAGAGCAGUCUCAGUUGAAUGACCAGUCUAGUGGAAAGUCUUCCCAGAAGAGUGGAGGCUGUUAUAGCAGCAAAGGGGGGACCAACUCUAUGUUAAUGCCCAUGAUUUUGGAAUGAGCUGUUCGACGAGCAGGUGUCCACAUACUUUUGGUCAUGUAGUUUAUUAAACUGCCCCAAAGUACAUCCAGCUUAUGUGGUCAGAGGUCUGGCUAACUAACUAACAUCACUUAUCAUGCAGAGUGCUUUAAGUCAUCAAGGACAGAAAUCACUCCUCUUCAUCACUCCUUCCCCCCCCCCCCCCCCCCCCCCCCGCCUCCCUCCUCCAGGUCAGCUCAGUGUCAGAGCUGGAGGUUGCCGUAGGGGCAGAACAAGCACAGGCUCAGGACAGCGAAAGAGACAGGGAGAAGAGUAGGGCCUCUAGCUCAGCCUCAGAGCCUCCCUGUCCCUCCCAUAGCAGCAGACCCAAUCUGCUCUUACCGUUCACUGCAGGGGACUACGUUCUCAGCUCCAGCCUCUCAGCAUGCUCCCUGCUCCCUGAGGUAGGGACCACCAGUGCAAGACAGAGCAAAGCUCUGCUAUGUGGAAUUGUUUUAAGGUCGUACCAAGGAUCAUUUUGCUAUUUGAUUUAGAAUUUCAAGACCCCUUGAAGUAUUCCCCCCCAAAAAAUAUGACUAAAAAUAUUUUUGGCCUUACUGCUAUUAGACCAUACAAACACAUUGAAUAACAGAUUCACUAUGGAUAGUCCCCCCAAAAAAUCUAAAGGAAGUUUGUUCUGAAGUUUCUGUCCUAUAUCUGAGAGAUGUACAGUUGAAGUCGGAAGUUUACAUACACCUUAGCCAAAUACAAUUAAACUCAGUUUUUCACAAUUCCUGACAUUUAAUCCUAGUUGAAAUUCCCUGUCUUAGGUCAGUUAGGAUCACCACUUUAUUUUAAGAAUGUGAAAUGUCAGAAUGAUUUUAGAGAGAAUGAUUUAUUUAAGCUUUUAUUUAUUUCAUCACAUUCCCAGUGGGUCAGAAGUUUACAUACACUCAAUUAGUAUUUGGUAGCAUUGCCUUUAAAUUGUUUAACUUGGGUCAAACGUUUCGGGUAGCCUUCCACAAGCUUCCCACAAUAAGUUGGGUGAAUUUUGGCCCAUUCCUCCUGACAGAGCUGGUGUAACUGAGUCAGGUUUAUAUGUCUCCUUUCUUUUUUCAGUUUUACCUACAUUUUUCUAUAGACUGAGGACAGGGCUUUGUGGUGGCCACUCCAAUACCUUGACUUUGUUGUCCUUAAGCCAUUUUGCCACAACUUUGGAAGUAUGCUUGGGGUCAUUGUUCAUUUGGAAGACCCAUUUGCGACCAAGCUUUAACUUUCUGACUGAUGUCUUGAGAUGUUGCUUCAAUAUAUCCACAUAAUUAUAUAUCCAAAAAUUACUUGUGUCUUGCACAAAGUAGAUGUCCUAACCGACUUGCCAAAACUAUAGUUUGUUAACAAGAAAUGUGUGGAGUGGUUGAAAAAUGAGUUUUAAUGACACCAACCUAAGUGUAUGUAAACUUCCGACUUCAACUGUAUUUAAUCCCUUAUUUUUGGCACUAAUCCAGUCUCUAUACUUCCAUUAAUUUUUUUCAACUGGUACCGAGGGACCUUCAGACAAGUCUUGUGAGGCCUGUGGGCGUCCUAUAGCAAAACAACCCACAUGUUCGUGAGAGUCUCACCCUUACACAGAGGGGUCAUAUUAGAGUGUAGCCCAAACGGUUUGCACGCUGCAGGCAGUUGGCAGAUCGGCUGUACCAACUUCAGAUGAGUCCCAAGACACUUGUGGGGGGUCGUAGAGCAAAACGGAGAACACCGCGUUCGUUAGUCGUCUUUCCAUAGAGGGGUCAUCAUAAUUUGUAGGCUAAACCGUUCGGACGCUACAGACAAUUUUGUGAGAAGACAUAUUUUUGGGAUGUCUCAUGGUCUGACAAACACCGCUCUAGCUCUGCCACCUGUCACCGCAGAUGCGAAAGUGUUACAUAGGUGAAUGCGGUGGAUUGAAACGCAUCCAAUGCCCCCCAGAAAAACUCUAGAUUAAAUUUAUGGAUUUUUAUGGUAAUUUUUGCUAAUUCGAUUUCAGCGGGGCGCGGACAUCGACCUUAGACUUUUAGAGGUUAACCCCCUCUCUCUCUUCAUCACACCUUCUCUCUCUCCUCUCUCUGUCUCUCUGUCCCCCUCCCUUCCAUCCCUCUCUCUCCUCCAGGGGGCUGUGGAGCCGAUGCAGAUCGAUGCUGACCCCCAGGAAGACCAGCAGAAUGCUCCAGACAUCAACUAUGUGGUGGAAAACCCCACACUGGUACAUUACUAUAGCACUAAGCUAGCCCUAGCACUGGUACAUUACUAUAGCACUAAGCUAGCCCUAGCACUGGUAAUUACUAUAGCACUAAGCUAGCCCUAGCACUGGUACAUUACUAUAGCACUAAGCUAGCCCUAGCACUGGUACAUUACUAUAGCACUAAGCUAGCCCUAGCACUGGUACAUUACUAUAGCACUAAGCUAGCCCUAGCACUGGUACAUUACUAUAGCACUAAGCUAGCCCUAGCACUGGUACUUACUAUAGCACUAGCUAGCACUGGUACAUUACUAUAGCACUAGCUACCCAGCACUGGUACAUUACUAUAGCACUAAGCUACCUAGACUGGUAUUACUAUAGCACUAAGCUGCCCUAGCACUGGUACAUUACUAUAGCACUAAGCUAGCCGCACUGGUACAUUACUAUAGCACUAAGCUAGCCCUAGCACUGGUACAUACUAUAGCACUAAGCUAGCCCUAGCACUGGUACAUUACUAUAGCACUAAGCUAGCCCUAGCACUGGUACAUUACUAUAGCACUAAGCUAGCACUGGUACAUUACUAUAGCACUAAGCUAGCCCUAGCACUGGUACAUUACUAUAGCACUAAGCUAGCCCUAGCACUGGUACAUUACUAUAGCACUAAGCAAAGUCCUAGCACUGGUACAUUACUAUAGCACUAAGCUAGCCCUAGCACUGGUACAUUACUAUAGCACUAAGCUAGCCCUAGCACUGGUACAUUACUAUAGCACUAAGCUAGCCCUAGCACUGGUACAUUACUAUAGCACUAAGCUAGCCCUAGCACUGGUACAUUACUAUAGCACUAAGCUAGCCCUAGCACUGGUACAUUACUAUAGCACUAAGCUAGCCUAGCACUGGUACAUUACUAUAGCACUAAGCUAGCCCUAGCACUGGUAAACAUUACUAUAGCACUAAGCUAGCCCAGCACUGGUAACAUUACUAAGCAAACUAACUAGCCCUACGCACUCCGUACAUUACUAUAGCACUAAGCGUAGCCCUAGCACUGGUACAUUACAGAAUAGCACUAAGCUAGGCCCUAGCCUGGUACAUUACUUAAAGCACUAAGCUAGCCCUAAGCAACUGGUAAUUACUAUAGCACUAAGCUAGCCCUAGAGCACUGGUACAAUUACUAUAGCAACUAAGCUAGCCUAGCACGGGUACAUUACUAUAGCACUAAGCUAUCACUGGUACAUUACUAUAGCACUAAGCUAGCCCUAGCACUGGUACAUUACUAUAAAGCACUAAGCUAGCCCCUAGCACUGGUAACAUUAGACUUAAUAGCACUAAGACUAGCCCUAGCACUGGUACAUUACUAUAAGCACUAAGCCUAGCACUGGUACCAUUACCACAAAAAAAAUUAAUAGCACUAAGCUAGCCCUAGCACUGGUACAUUACUAUAGCACUAAGCUAGCCCUAGCACUGGUACAUUACUAUAGCACUAAGCUAGUCCUAGCACUGGUACAUUACUAUAGCACUAAGCUAGCCCUAGCACUGGUACAUUACUAUAGCACUAAGCUAGCCCUAGCACUGGUACAUUACUAUAGCACUAAGCUAGCCCUAGCACUGGUACAUUACUAUAGCACUAAGCUAGCACUGGUACAUUACUAUAGCACUAAGCUAGCCCUAGCACUGGUACAUUACUAUAGCACUAAGCUAGCCCUAGCACUGGUACAUUACUAUAGCAUCAAUUAAACUAGCCCUAGCACUGGUACAUUACUAUAGCACUAAGCUAGCCCUAGCACUGGUACAUUACUAUAGCACUAAGCUAGCCCUAGCACUGGUACAUUACUAUAGCACUAAGCUAGCCCUAGCACUGGUACAUUACUAUACUAGCACCUCAUGGUAGUCCCUAAGCACUUGGUACAUUACUAUAGCACUAAGCUAGCCCUAGCACUGGUACAUUACUAUAGCACUAAGCUAGCACUGGUACAUUACUAUAGCACUAAGCUAGCACUGGUACGCUGAGCUGAGUCUUACGUAGCUGUGUGUUUGUAGUUCUACUUCUAGAUUCUUCUAGAUUCUAUGCUGAUCACUGAAUUAAAUGAAGUCAGUCUGUCAAAUGGUGGUCUGCUUCCUUCAUGUUUUCUUCACACCGUUUUCUCUCUCUCUCUCUUUCUUUUGUCUCUCUUUCUGUCGCUCUCUCUGUGUCUAUCCCCCCCCCCCCCCUCCCCUCACUGCUUUCUCUCUCUCUCUCUUUCAUCUGUCCCCGUCUCCCUCUCUAGGACCUGGAGCAGUUUGCGUCCAGCUACAGUGGUCUGAUGCGUAUUGAGAGACUGCAGUUCAUAGCAGAACACUGUCCCCAGCUCCGUGCCGAGGCCCUGAAGAUGGCGCUGUCCUUCGUCCAGAGGACCUUCAACGUAGACGUGUACGAGGAGAUCCACCGCAGACUCACCGACGCCACACGGUGAGGAGGAGGAGGAGUGUGAGAUUGAAGUGGAGCCUAUAUAAGGUACAAAAGUAUCUGUGGGUUCAGUGAGGAGUAUUAUUGUGUGUGUUGUGAGCUUGUCUUCGUAUGUGUGUGUGUGUAUCUGUGUGUGACCCUGCGUGUGUGUGUACGACACUUCCAUCUCUGUAUAUUCCCAGACAGGUGCAGGGUGUCCCUGACGCGGUGCCUGAAGGGCCGGUGGCGCCCCCUCUCCUGGACACAGCCUGGGCAGAGAGCACCAGGAAAAAGGCCCUGCUCAAACUGGAGAAGCUGGACACUGACCUCAAGAACUACAAGGGAAACUCUAUCAAAGAGAGCAUCAGGUAACCAGCUCUGGGGGAAACUCAAGUAGACAUUGUUUUCACUGUUACAUGGGUCACAAGCAGUGGAGAUGGAACUCGGACAACAUGCAUGGCUAGAACCUAUGAAAUCUGCUGGGUUUACAUCCAUUCCAAUGCUUUUAACUGCAUGAGAGGGAGUGUGCAAGACAAGUGCACACUUAGGGAUAAGGGUGGACAAUGUGGACACAGCCAGUGGUAUGGGGGAGGAAGGGCCUCAAAACCCAAAUGGAACCAGUCCACUACUCAACAGGUUUUAUCUCACUGAUUCCUCCCUCUCCUCCCUCUGUUCAGACGGGGUCAUGAUGACCUAGGGGACCACUAUUUAGACUGUGGAGAUCUUAGCAACGCCCUCAAGUGCUACAGUCGAGCCCGAGACUACUGCACUAGCGCCAAGCAUGUCAUCAACAUGUGCCUUAACGUCAUCAAGGUACUAUGACCUCAUCAACAUGCGCCUCCUUACAUUUACAUUUUAGUCAUUUGGCAGACGCUCUUAUCCAGAGCGACUUACAGUUAGUGAGUGCAUACAUUUUCAUACUGGCCCCCCGUGGGAAACGAACCCACAACCCUGGCGUUGCAAGCGCCAUGCUCUACCAACUGAGCUACAGGGGCCUCCUAAAUGAAUGUUUAUGAAUGUCAUGUCAACUUUUAUAGAUGUCAAUAUUUUGUCAUCAAGUUCUGUCAAUUUGACUUGGUCAAAUCUAUAAACGUGUAUUGUCUGACCUAACAUCCCUGGAAGGUUUCUCAAACCUUUUCUCUCUCUCUCUAGGUUAGCGUUUACCUCCAGAACUGGUCCCAUGUACAUAGCUACGUCAGCAAGGCAGAAUCCACUCCGGAGAUAGCUGAGGUUAGCAUCGAAUGACUGAAAUAGAACCUUUACAUCAUAGCUCCCUAGUGAGAGAAACUCAAGCAGUAUGGGAAUUUAUUCAACAGAUGUUCUCCUUUUAUAUUCCCUUAUGUGUACAGUAGAGCAUAAUAUAACCUUCACACUGUCAUCAUGGUCACCUGAAAGAAAAUCACUGACUUACCUCGGCUUGCUUGUUUCUUCUAGCAACGAGGAGAGCGAGACAGUCAGAACCAAUCUGUCCUCACCAAACUAAAAUGUGCUGCGGGUAAGACGUCAUACUAUCCUAGGAUUAUACUGUCAGGAGGACCACUGAAGUCUGCAUGUUUCUCUUGUCAGCUGAAAUUGCUUUUUUUAGACCUGCAUUAGGUAAUAAAACCUAUUCUUAAAUUGUGAGUUGCGCUUUCAAAUGUUUCUCUUGUCGUCGUCCCCCCCCCCCCCCAGGUUUGGCAGAGCUGGCCUCUAGAAAGUACAAACCGGCCGCCAAGUGCUUCCUCCAGGCUUCGUUUGACCACUGCGACUUCCCAGAGGUCAGAUAUCAAUAUACCCCGCUACCUCUGACCCCAACUAAACUAACUUGACCCCAACCCCAACUCCUCUGACCACCCCCAACUCCACUCCAUAAUAAUGGUAUGGUACCUUCACCAUAUCUGAUCUGAGCCAUGAUGUUGCUGUGUACAGUCGUGGUCAAAGGUUUUGAGAAUGACACAAAUAAUUAAUUUUCGCAAAGUCUGCUGCCUCAGUUUUUAUGAUGGCAAUUUGCAUAUACUCCAGAAUGUUAUGAAGAGUGAUCAGAUGAAUUGCAAAGUCCCUCUUUGCCAUGAAAAUGAACUUGAUCCUGCUAAAUGACGUAAACGUAAACGUUAAUCCCCAAAAAACUUUUCCACUGCAUUUCAGCCCUGCCACAAAAGGACCAGCUGACAUCAUGUCAGUGAUUCUCUCGUUAACACAGGUGAGAGUGUUGACGAGGACAAGGCUGGAGAUCACUCUGUCAUGCUGAUUAAGUUAGAAUAACAGACUGGAAGCUUUAAAAGGAGGGUGGUGCUUGAAAUCAUUGUUCUUCCUCUGUUAACCAUAGUUACCUGCAAGGAAACACGUGCCGUCAUCAUUGCUUUGCACAAAAAGGGCUUCACAGGCAAGGAUAUUGCUGCUAGUAAGAUUGCACCUAAAUCAACCAUUUAUCGGAUCAUCAAGAACUUCAAGGAGAGAGGUUCAAUUGUUGUGAAGAAGGCUUCAGGGCGCCCAAGAAAGUCCAGCAAGCGCCAGGACCGUCUCCUAAAGUUGAUUCAGCUGCGGGAUCAGGGCACCACCAGUGCAGAGCUUGCUCAGGAAUGGCAGCAUGCAGGUGUGAGUGCAUCUGCACGCACAGUGAGGCAAAGACUUUUGGAGGAUGGCCUGGUGUCAAGAAGGGCAGCGAGGAAGCCACUUCUCUCCAGGAAAAACAUCAGGAACAGACUGAUAUUCUGCAAAAGGUACAGGGAUUGGACUGCUGAGGACUGGGGUAAAGUCAUUUUCUCUGAUGAAUCCCCUUUCCGAUUGUUUGGGGCAUCCGGAAAAAAGCUUGUCCGGAGAAGACAAGGUGAGCGCUACCUUCAGUCCUGUGUCAUGCCAACAGUAAAGCAUCCUGAGACCAUUCAUGUGUGGGGUUGCUUCUCAGCCAAGGGAGUGGGCUCACUCACAAUUUUGCCUAAGAACACAGCCAUGAAUAAAGAAUGGUACCAACACAUCCUCUGAGAGCAACUUCUAGCAACCAUCCAAGAACAGUUUGGUGACGAACAAGGCCUUUUCCAGCAUGAUGGAGCACCUUGCCAUAAGGCAAAAGUGAUAACUAAGUGGCUCGGGGAACAAAACAUCGAAAUUUUGGGUCCAUGGCCAGGAAAUUCCCCAGACCUUAAUCCCAUUGAGAACUUGUGGUCAAUCCUCAAGAGGUGGGUGGACAAACAAAAACCCACAAAUUCUGACAAACUCCAAGCAUUGAUUAUGCAAGAAUGGGCUGCCAUCAGUCAGGAUGUGGCCCAGAAGUUAAUUGACAGCAUGCCAGGGUGGAUUGCAGAGGUCUUGAAAAAGAAGGGUCAACACUGCAAAUAUUGACUCUUUGCAUAAACUUAAUGUAAUUGUCAAUAAAAGCCUUUGACACUUAUGGAAUGCUUGUAAUUAUACUUCAGUAUACCAUAGUAACAUCUGACAAAAAUAUCUAAAAACACUGAAGCAGCAAACUUUUUUGACCAGACUGUACAUGUCAUGUUUUUAGUUUUAUUUGGAUUUAGGAGUUUUAUUAUUGGUGUUAUAAAAUGUUGUGGGUCCCCUCUCCCCCAGCUCCUGUCCCCCAGUAAUGUAGCGGUGUACGGGGGGAUGUGUGCCCUGGCCACCUUCGACAGACAGGAACUACAGAAGAACAUAAUCUCCAGCAGGUAGGCUCCCUACGCAGUGCGCACUGGACUUAGUAGUACCCUCGUAAGAAGUGCACUUCAGGUAACCGCUAACUCUGUUAAAGAGCAAUGUGCUUCAUUGGUCUCUCCAUCAAGUGGAACUGUUAUGGAGAGUAACAGCUUGUUUGGGUGAUGAGUGAUUUCAGUACAUAUUGAAAUGUCAACCCCUGUUUUCCCUCUCUCUCUCUCUCUCUCUUCUCUAGUUCCUUUAAGUUGUUUCUAGAGUUGGAGCCCCAGGUGCGUGACAUAAUCUUCAAGUUUUACGAAUCGAAGUACGCCUCCUGUCUGAAACUACUGGACGAGAUGAAGGUAAGGAAGAAAGCCUGUAACUGUCCAUAUAAAACUGUUAACUAGAUGACGUUUAAGGAAGAAAACAUGUUUAUAUGGACAGUUACAGGCUAACUAGAUGACGUUAAGGAAGAAAACCGUUUUAUAUGGACAGUUACAGGCUAAUUGCAAAAUCUGAAUGAGAAACUCUUUAUAUUGCCACUCAGUAAUGUUGAUUGAAUUAGUCUUGGUGUUGGUCAGAAACAACAGGGAUUUGAGUGUGCACCUAACACCAAUUCCCUCUCGUCCUCUCUCCUUCUCUCUCGUCCUCUCUCCUUCUCCUCUCGUCCUCUCUCCUCCUCCUCUCGUCCUCUCUCCUCCUCCUCUCUCUCGUCCUCUCUCCUCCUCCUCCUCUCGUCCUCUCCUCUCUCCUCCUCUCUCGUCCUCCUCGUCCUCUUCCUCCUCCCCUCGUCCCUCUCUCUCCUCUCCUCCUCUCGUCCUCCUCCUCGUCUCUCUCCUCCUCCUCCUCCCUCUUCCUCCUCCUCCCUCUCCUCCCCUCUUCCUCUCUCCUCCUCCUUCUCUCUCCCUCGUCUCUCUCUCCUCCUCCUUCUCCUCUCCCUCGCUCCUCUUCCGUCCUCCUCGUCCUCUCUCCUCCUCCUCUCCUCUCUCCUCCUCCUUCUCCUCCCGUCUCCUCCUUCUCUCUGUCCUCUCUCCUCCCUCUCUCCUCCUCUCCUCCCUUCCUCUCCUCUCUCUCCUCUCUCUCUCUCUCCUCUCUCUCUCCCUCUCUCUUCUCCGUCCUCCCUCUUCCUCUCUCGUCUUCCUCUCUCCUCCUCUCUCCUCCUCCUCUCCUCCCUCUCCUCUCCUCUCCUCUUCCUCCUCUCCUCUCCUCUCCUCUCUCCUCCUCCCUCCUCCUGCCUCCUUGCCUCCCUCUCCUCCUCCUCCUCGCUCAGCUCCUUUCUCCUCCUUUCUUUCCUCUUCCUCCUCCCCUCCUUCUCCUCGUAAUCCCUUCUUAGUCCUCCGUCAUUCUACCUACGUGCACCUCUACAACCUCUUGUAGACUUAAGUCACUUUGCAGUGUUGUGGAAGUUUUACAUCUGGAUUCCUUUCCCUCAUAUCCCUACAUCACCUGUGUUCUGAGUCAGUACUUCAGCCCAAGUUGUUAACCUGUGUUCUGAGUCAGUACUUCAGCCCAUGUUGUUAACCUGUGUUCUGAGUCAGUACUUCAGCCCAAGUUGUUAACCUGGUGUGUGUGUGUGUGUGUGUGUGUGUGUGUGUGUGUGUGUCAGUACUUCAGCCCGUAUGUGUCUGCAGACAUGACUAAGAUGUCCCAGUCCUUCAACACCACAGUGUUAGCUCUGGAGGAUGAACUGACCCAGCUCAUACUGGAGGGACUCAUCAACGCACGUAUAGACUCACACAGCAAGGUAACACACACACACACGUAUAGACUCACACAGCAAGGUAACACACACACACACACACACGUAUAGACUCACACAGCAAGGUAACACACACACACACACCACACACACACACACACGUAUAGACUCACACAGCAAGGUAACACACACACACACAUAUACACUCACACAGCAAGGUAACACACACACACACACACACACACACACACACGUAUAGACUCACACAGCAAGGUAACACACACACAUAUAGACUCACACAGCAAGGUAACACACACACACACAGCAAGGUAACACACACACACACAGCAAGGUAACACACACACACACAGCAAGGUAACACACACACACAGCAAGGUAACACACACACGUAUAGACUCACACAGCAAGGUAACACACACACACAGCAAGGUAACACACACACACAGCAAGGUAACACACACACGUAUAGACUCACACAGCAAGGUAACACACACACACACAGCAAGGUAACACACACACACAGCAAGGUAACACACACACGUAUAGACUCACACAGCAAGGUAACACACACUCACACAGCAAGGUAACACACACACACAGCAAGGUAACACACACACACACAGCAAGGUAACACACUCACACAGCAAGGUAACACACACACACACAGCAAGGUAACACACUCACAGCAAGGUAACACACACACAUAUAGACUCACACAGCAAGGUAACACACACACGUAUAGACUCACACAGCAAGGUAACACACACACACACAGCAAGGUAACACACUCACACAGCAAGGUAACACACACACACAGCAAGGUAACACACUCACAGCAAGGUAACACACUCACACAGCAAGGUAACACACACACACAGCAAGGUAACACACUCACAGCAAGGUAACACACACACAUAUAGACUCACACAGCAAGGUAACACACACACGUAUAGACUCACACAGCAAGGUAACACACACACGUAUAGACUCACACAGCAAGGUAACACAAACUAGCCAUAGACUAGUCUCUCUCUACACAUCAACUAUCACUACAGGCACACACACAUCAGUCUCUCUCCACUUCCAGUAUGAGUGAGUAACUUCCUGUUUCCUGUAUGUGUGUGAUGUCAGAUCCUGUAUGCGAGGGACGUGGACCAGAGGGGCCAUACGUUUCAGAAGUCUGUCCACAUGGGCAAGGAGUUCCAGAGACGAGCCAAAGCCAUGAUCCUCAGAGCUGCCGUGCUACGCAACCAGAUACACGUCAAGGUAACAGAACCCCUCUUGAUGCUAGUCACAGCUGUUACUAUAUGACCCUAGUCUAGACUAUUGAGAUGGGUCUAGGGACGGUUUCCCAGACACAAAUUAAGCCACAUUAAAUCCUGAAUAAAAGCAUUCGCAGUGGAUAUUCUUCACUGAAGUUUUUUUAGUCCAGGACGAGGUUUGAUCUAUGUCUGGGAAAGCGGCCCCUGGGGAGCGCUUUCCUCUUUAUCCCUCUGUAUGGAAAACCUUGGAUAGUUCACCUGUAGUGUGUUUGAUUUGGAACAUGUUGUCAGUGCUUUUCUUGCUUUUGUCAAAACUUUCAUUUAUCAAGUGAUGUAUUUCAAGAGCUUAGAUGGUACGGUGGUGUCCCAUCGUUUGAAUCAACCUGUGCCCCCUCUUGAGACAACGUAUCCCCCUCUCUCAGCGUUUCACCGUUAAGUCUACAUCUGUUCUCUUCCCUCUUUAGUCCCCUCCUAGAGAAGGCAGCCAGGGGGAGCUGACAACAGCCAACAGCCAAACAACCCGGAUGAGCAGCACCAUGUGAGAGGGACAUCCCAUCAUUACACCAUCGCUGUCUGGCAUGGCACUCCGCUCCCUGUAUAGUGCACUACCCCUUAUGGGCCGUGGUCAAAAGUAGUGCACUA